AAUCCAGAAUUUAACCUGCACCUAAACAUUUAUCUAACUAAAGUGGAAACGCAUAUAACUACAUAACGAAAUCAAAGAACAAAACAUUUGAUAAGAAACAGACGUGUAGGGAUGCACAGCGAGACCUCUCUACUUUUUAGAAUCAUGUGUUAGCUAACAGCACUACAUGCUCGCGUGUCUCACAGACUUCAGAUUGUGAAAAUAGCUUAACGUAGAAGGCGCUUUUCAUUUAUUUAUAGAUGUCGUAACCAAGGUUGAGUGAGAUCACACCAGUUUGUAAAGAUGCCAGCUGGAGUGUCGUGGCCUCGGUACAUCAGGUUGUUUGGUGCCAGUAUGUUGGCCAUGUUUGCAGGAGCACAGGUGGUCCACCAAUAUUACCUACCUGAUCUGAGUGUACCAGAAGUCCCGCCAAAGCCCGGAGAACUCCGGACAGAACUGCAGGGCUACAAAGUCAGAGAAGAAGCUGCUGCCGCCGCCCUAAAGAAGCUUAAAAAUGAACAAAAUGUGGACUGAUGUAAAAUAUUUCUGCUUACACUUGAAAGUUGAAACUGUGUGAGGUCAGAGCUUUCUUAAAUGGAUGAUUUCUCUUAUAAGUGAAUUCAACAAAAUGCCACAUUUUACAUUUAACUGUCCAGGACAACGUUUCCAUCUGAAGCUUUGCUACUUUUACAUUUUUCAUCAUUUUCAUCAAAAAUGUUUUCACACGUUGGUCAGAGACUAAAGAGGUUGUUUUCUCCUAGAAAAUAAAAGGUUUCAUUACAUUAAAAUAUAAAAAUAAAACAA